AUGGAUCCUGAGUUACAAGCAUUGAGAGAGGCCAGAUUGGCUGAGUUGAAGCGCGGGACUCAGGGGCCCAGCAGCGGUGGAGAAAGCGGGAAAGGCGCUGGCUCGAAUGGUUUGGAGACAGUGAUUGCAGCCUAUUUACAACCUCAGGCACUGGAAAGGCUUUCGAGAGUGUCAUUGGUGAGACCUGAUCGUGCACAAGCAGUUGAACAAUAUCUCGCUAAGAUGGUGAGCCAAGGUGCUCUUUCGCAUAAGGUGACUGAAGAUGAAAUCGUGCAAAUCUUGCAUGGUGUAGCCAGGGAACAGAAUAAAAAAAUGACACCAAGAUCAUAUUCGAUAGACGAGAGAUGGCUGUUCAUGAUCAGCUGCCCAGCGAGAAUGGUGAUGACGACGAGGAUGAUUUCUUUGACUAGCAGGGAUCCCAGAUUGUAUGCUCACAUACUGUAUCCCAAAGCUUGCUGUAUAUAUCAGGCUAGUGGGCGCCAUUUGUAUUGA